GUCUAAUCAUGUUUAUUACAUGCAUGUAUGAUAAUUAAAUAAUUCAGGUAAUUUCCUGAAACUGUUGCUGGAUAAUCUACAGAAAAUUUGUUAAUCAGAGGAAACGAUUCCUCACAGCAGUACCGAAAGCAGCAGCAUGAAGUCCUACGCCCGACUGUAGACGCUUGUUGGAAUUGUGGCGCGUGUGAGCCCUUGCCUUGUACUGCUCUAACUCGACUGUCCAUUUAUUCAGCGGGAAUAAUGGACAGCCCAAUCAAGAGCAAGUCUAGCGAAGCAACAGGAAUAUCAAGAUCAGGAAGAGUGCGCAAAAAAUCUUCAAAGCUCACAGAUUUUGAAUCUCCAGAUGAAAUUGACACAAGGUUCAAAAGAAGGACAGACAGACCUCAGAAAGUGAUUACCCCUAAGGCAAUGAGUGAAGAUUCUGACUCCUUCCUGGAUGAAGAAAUCAUUGAUGUGAAGGAUGAACCUCUUGAAGUGGAGGAAUGGGGAGAAGAACCAGAAGAGGAAGAGGAAGGGGAUGAGGAGGAAGAGGAAGAAGAAGAGGGCGUUGGAGGAGAGGAAGCAGGAGAUGGGAGUCUUCCAGAGUAUGCAGAUCCUCUGCAAGUGGAUGAGGAUUCCACAGAUGUGUCGAGGGAGACAACUAAUUACACUCAGGCACAGUCUCUCUACUUCUCAGAAAAGCAAGGAAAGAAGAGCAUUGUCAUGAAGGGUGGCCAAGUCGUGGUGAGAAGAAAGAAAGCUCAACGCAAGGACAAAGGGAAAUCUCGUUUCACUGCAUACAUGCUUUGGGCACGAGAAGUUCGUCCAGGCAUCAUCCAGGCAAAUCCUAAUAUGGCCACCAUGGGACCUAAGAAAGCUGGUGAAAGUGGAAAGGCAAGAAGAAAAAUAAGAACAACAAUAGAAAUGAAGAAAGAGAUAAUACAAAAGCUUGAGAAUGGCGCUCAUGUUUCAAAUCUGGCUCUACAGUAUGGCUUAGCAGAAUCAUCGAUCUUUACCAUUCUUAAGAACAAAGAUGCAAUAAAAGAAUCUAAGGUUACCAAAGGAGUGCCUGUAAUCACCAAACAAAGAUCACAGAUAUUAGAAGAAGUUGAGAAGCUGUUACUCAUUUGGAUAAAAGAAAAGCAGUUGGCUGGGGACUGUAUUUCAGAAACGAUAAUUUGUGAGAAAGCGAGGCAUUUGCACAAGGAUUUGCUUAAGAAAACCCCAGGUAAAAGUUCUGUGAGUGAUGUGUUUAAGGCUAGCCGAGGCUGGUUUGAAAACUUUAAGAAACGAAGGGGAAUACAUAGUGUGGUUUGUCAAACUUCAAAUAUGAACAAACAAGAUGCGGAAGAAUUUGUGAAAGAGUUUGGCGCAUAUGUGAGUGCUGAGGGUUAUAUCCCCCAGCAAGUGUUUAAUUGUGAUGAAACUGGACUGUUUUGGAAGAAAAUGCCUAAAAGAACAUACAUAACCCAGGAGGAAAAGACUAUGGUGGGACACAAACCUAUGAAAGACAGGGUAACUCUUUUGCUUUGUGGUAAUGCUAGUGGUGAUUUUAAGGUGAAGCCAAUGCUCGUUUAUCAUUCAGAGAACCCCUGUGUGUUUAAGAAAAACAAUGUUAUAAAAAGCAGGUUGCCUGUCAUGUGGAGGGCCAACAGUAAGGUGUGGGUGACCAGACAGUUUUUCCUGGAAUGGAUCCAUGAUGUCUUUGCUCCUAGUGUGAGGGAUUACCUUAAUAAAAAUAACUUGCCAAUGAAGUGUCUCCUUUUGAUGGACAGUGCUCCUGCCCAUCCUCAACACAUAGCAGCCAUGUUACCAGAACAGUAUGACUUCAUCACCGUUAAAUUUCUGCCUCCUAAUACAACUCCACUGAUUCAGCCAAUGGACCAACAGAUCAUUUCUAACUUCAAGAAGUUGUAUACCAAGGCACUUUUUCAGAGAUGCUUUGAGGUUAUUUCUGACACAGAGUUAACUCUCCAUGAGUUUUGGAAAAACCACUUCAAUAUCCUGCAUUGCUUAGGCAUUAUUGACAAGGCCUGGCAGCAAGUGACUCGCAGGUCCAUGAACUUGGCUUGGAGGAACCUCUGGCCUGAUUGUGUUGCAGAGAGAGACUUAAAGGGAUUUGAGACAGGACCUGCUGAAGUUGUUGCUGACAUUGUGUCUCUGGGCAAAAGCAUGGGCCUGGAAAUCAGUGAUGAUGACAUCGAAGAACUGGUGGAGGAACACAGCACCGAGUUGUCUACCAAUGAACUCAAACUCCUUCAGAAGCAGCAGCAGAAGGAGGUUCUUGAGGAGAUAUCUUUGGAGGAAGAGGAGGAAGGGGAGGUUGUGCCUAGUGCUCUUAUUAAUGAGAUGUGUGCAAAAUGGGAUGAAGUGAAAACUUUUGUUGAAAUAAAUCACCCUGAUAAGACAGUAGCAAGCUGUGCUAUUAACCUUUUUAAUGACAAUGGUAUAUCUCACUUUCGUAACAUUGCAAAUAAAAGGCAAAAGCAAAUUUCUAUAGAAAAGUUUUUUGUGAAAAAGAGGCCUAAUGAAUCCCAGGCAGAAUUUGUUAGCAAGAAGCAAGAAAUGCUGGGGUUGGAAAAACUUUCUGAAGUUCUUAUGGAGGGGGACUCUCCUUCUAAGCAAUAACAUCCCUUCCCUUCCACCUCCUCUCCACCCUUCACUUGUACCAUCAAGACUUCUCAGCACAGGUAAUGACAAGUAAAAUUGAUAUUCUUAGGUUUAUUCUCAGGUUGAUCCGGGAAUAGUUUAUUUCUCUUACGUUCCGAUGACAAGUCUUCUUCAGAGAGAUACAUUAGAACUCAGUACUAUGCAGUAUUUAUACAAUUUUUUGUGGUUCAGCCCAUGGGAAGUGUGGCAAUGGAGCAUCCUGAUUGAUUCCUUUUCUUCAUUGCAAAGAUGACCAAUAGUGCAACACUGUGUGCUAGAGUGUCGAAGCUUUUCUUGUGGUUGACCUUUUUCUUUGUCGAAUUGCACGCAUCUUCCACAGUCCUCCUCUUUCCCCUGUUCAGCCCUGAGUGUAUGACUGAGGUGUUGCUUCAGUCUGAUAAGUGACCCUCUUCAUUGGCAUGUAUGACUAGAGAGUUGGUUGUCCUACGGUGGCGCAGAUCGUUGUUGGGUUCAUAUUUUCUUCUCUCAAAGCCUCUCGCCAUUUCCUUAUAGUACACUGCUUCACACAAACCACAAGUGAUCUUGUAUGUGAUGUUUUCUGGUGCCCUGUUAUUUUUUUUUGAUACAUUGGCUGUUUACUUCUAUUCUUAUUAAGUAUUAUAUGGCAUUAUUAUGUGACCUUCCUUCCUCCUUUCCUUGCCUCUAGCUCUUGUUGUGAUUGCAGAUGCCUUCUUCCUUAGUCCUGUAUAGUAAGCCUAGUUGGUAUAUCAGCUUACUAAAGGCAGUGGUUACAUAAUUGAGCACUUCCUAUUGGAACUCUGUACUGUACAUCCUCAUGGCCCUCAGGUAGAAACCAAUCACUACUCUGGACUUGGUUUUGUCAUUGUGGUUGGACAGGAAGUGUGUCAAAUUAUCCUUGUUUGUAGGUUUUCUUUAUACCCAAAAUUUUUCACACUGACCAUCUCUGUGUAUCAAUGUGUUUAAAAAGGAUAAGUGGUUGUUUGUUUCUACCUGCAUGGUAAACUGUAUGUUUGAAUUUAUUCCACUGAGCUAUCACAACUUGUUAUUGAUAUCUGUAUAUUCAGAAACAAUAAUCCACAUAUAUUCCUCCUCCUCAAGAAGUUCCAUGAAGAGGGAGACCAUCACUGUUCUUAAUGGGGAGUCCAUAGCCAAUCCACAGUGCUGUUUGAACUCCUGCUCCUUAUAAACAAACGUAUUGAAGUUAACAUAGAGUGACACUAUUUGCAUGUAAUCACUUUUGUUGAUAGGCAAAUCACUGUCACACUAAUCAUGUAACACUCUUUGCUUUUUCUGCUGCUUCUUCCACUGGCACAUUUAUGAAGAGAGACAUUACAUUGAAGUUGGCCUUCUUAUCCCAGAAGUCCACUUGCUUGAACCUCUUUAUCAGGUCCAUUGAGUUCUGUAGAUGGACCCCACUAAUCAUUCCCAACAUUCUUGACAAGGGUUCUACUAGAGAAGUAGCAAGUUGAUGCGGAGCGCUCCCUAUACCUGACGUAAUUGGCCUAAUGGGUACUCUGGGUUUGUAAAUCUUAUGAAUCCCCUUGUCCUUGGUGGCCUUGGGGCCUCUUCCAGGAGACUGAGUAGAUGUUUGCCUUCUGUACUCCUAGAUAAGAUCUUGACCAAUCAGGAAGCUCCAUUGCCAGAUUUCUCGCAGUCUGAGCUGUAAGAUAUUAUAUAUAUGUAUAUUGCAUACUCGAGUUGUAUUGUAUCUUUCUGAGAAAGACUUGUGGUCGAGAUGCAAAAGUAAAUUAUUCCUUGGUCAACCUGAGAUUUGUCUACUACCUUCACUACUCAACUGUCCAUAUAAAUGUAUAGUUUUAUUCUUUAUUCAGUUUUGUUUCAAAUAUUUUCUGUGUGUUAAUUCUAGUGAUUUUCAUUGGUUUUGUUUAUAAACUUGUACAUAAAGUAAUGUUGAAAAAGUUUUCAUAAGAAGUAAUUUUUUUUUUGUCUACCACCUUCACUACUCAAUUGUCCAUAAAACUGUAUAGUUUUAUUCUUUAUUCAGUAGUGUUCCUAAUUUUUUUUUGUGUUAAUUGUAAUUAUUUAUAUUGGUUUUGUGUAUGAACUUCUAUACAAAGUAAUGUAAAAGUUUUCAUAAGAAAUCAUUUAGGCUGCAAUUGAGGGAGCGAGCAUCACGUGUAGUGUCACCCAUAUUGUUGUCAAACACAAGUGUGCACUGCCCUGAGUCACCACUUGUCAGCACUUGGUUUGAAUAGGUGGGGCACCUCUGUAAUGUGAUCAGCUUUGAUGAUGUCAUUAGCAAAUAAUGCAACCCAAACAAACAUUAACAAGUGUUUUGAUCACAGUUUCCUCUCUCUUUGCCACCAUAACCAUUGUAGCUUCCAUUCCAUCAUCUUUUGCAAGGACCUCGUGAGCCAAGACAGCUAUAGUCUGACCAUUUUAUGAAGAUUGUUUAGGCUUUGGCUUUUUCGGGGAUUUCCCACCCUGCGGCGCUGCCCAACCUUGUGCUGGGCAAAUUAUGGGAUUAGAGUCUAUGUGUCAGUGGGAACCUUGCUUCCCACACACCAUUCUCUCUCUCUCUCUCUCUCUCUCUCUCUCUCUCUCUCUCUCUCUCUCUUUCUCUUUCUCUCUUUCUCUCUCUCUUCCAUCCUGGCUGGUAGUGGGAGAGGAAGUGACUCAUGGACUAACACAGUCACUCUGAUGUAUGACGUCACUCGGUCAUCUAAAGGGAUGUGACAACGCUCGGAGAAAACGUCAAAUAUUGUUGUGUU